ACUAGUGUAACUAGCAGACACAUUUUCAACAUUUAUACUUACUUGUGAAUAAGAUUUAUAUUUUAAAUAAAUAGAGAGAAAGGAGUAAGAGACGGGUAGACAGUAAUUUAUACUUUAUUAUUCCAUAAAACUGGUUGUUUUGAAUUGUAAACGAUCACAGCCGAACCUCGCCAGCGUUGAUGUAUCAAGAUAAGAAUUCAAUAUUAAGUAACAAGUGCGUUAUAAAGGAUUAUCAUAAAAAGAAGCGGGGUACAAUGAUGGCAAUGUAAUUGGAGAGAGUCGCGAUAAAACUGUUUGUGCAGUGUGAACACUCGCCCAUUCGACGACUGUUAGCUCAUCAUUUACCUUAUUAGAUACAUUAUAUUAUUAUUUUAAUACCAUAACACUAAAGUGCUAAAAAAACACUGAUAUGCGGCUGCUGUUCGGAUGGACGUUAACGACUGUGGUCGUAUUGUUGUCGUGCAAUCUUAGCUGCGUCCAAGCAUUUGAUCAAGUCCCAGUAGUAGAAAUCGACAGUGGACUUGUGUCGGGUAAAGUGUCGAAGACUUGGACAGGAAGGACCGUGUUCGGUUUCGAAGGAAUACCGUACGCCGCACCUCCAAUUGGACCGUUAAGAUUUCAAGAAGCUCAACCGUUAAAACCAUGGCUAGGGAUUUGGAACGCCUCGACACCGGGUAGUAGCUGCAUUCAAUACUCACAUGAGACUUAUGAUAUCGAAGGCGAUGAAGACUGUCUGUACUUAAACGUGUACACCCCAAGGCUUCCCGACCAAGACGACCUCCUACAAGGUCGUCUACUAGACGUGUUGGUGUUCAUUCACGGUGGCGCUUUUAUGUUUCUCGAAGGGUCCUCCUUUAAACCAGACUUCUUGUUGGACAAAGAUAUAUUGUUGGUCACGCUCAACUACAGACUGGGUCCCAUAGGUUUCUUCAGUACCGGAGACGCUGUAGCGCCGGGCAACAAUGGCCUAAAAGAUCAAGUGCAAGCGCUGAAAUGGUUGAAGAGGAAUGUGAAUCGAUUUGGUGGUAAUCCGGACAAAGUCACCAUAAGUGGAAUGUCUGCAGGAGGCGCAAGCGUUCAUUACCACAUGCUGUCGCCGUUGUCUAGAGGCCUAUUCAGUAAAGCAUUUUCACAGAGCGGAUCGGCCCUUUGCCCAUGGACUAUCACCGAAGACGUGCCGGCUAAAUCGGCAACGAUCGGCGCUUACUUAGGUUGUCCCACAAAACCUUCGUCAGUAUUAGUGGAGUGUUUGAGCUCUAGACCGGCGAGGAAGAUAGUAGAAGCGGUCAAAUUAUUUAUGCCUUUCAUGUACAACCCUUACUCGCCUUUUGGGCCAGUGGUGGAGCCUCCCGACAGUGAGAUACCCUUUCUUUCCGAACUGCCUUACCGGAUACUGGCGAAAGGAGAAGCGGCCGACGUCCCAUGGCUGUCGAGUGUCGCCACCCACGAGGGCCUUUACCCGGGAUCCGAGUACGUCAACAACGAAGCAUUGCUAAAUCAUAUCGACAAGAACUGGAACCAAGUGAUACCGCAUAUACUAGACUACAAUUACACGGUACCUUCGUCCAGGAUAGACGAGGUAUCCCAGAGGAUAAGGAUUGAAUACAUGGGUGAACAACCGUUGGUCAAGGGUAAAACGGCCGAGUUCAUCCAAAUGAUAGGCGAUCGGUUGUUCGUGGUGGAUAUCGUAAAAGCCGCCCAGAUCCAAGCUCAAGUAGGCACGUCUCCGGUGUAUAUGUAUCAAUUUGCGUACCGUGGCCGCCAUAGCCUUUCGGAACUUUUUUCCCAUUCUACAGAGAAUUACGGGGCGAGUCAUGCGGACGAUACGGCGUACGCGCUUCGCACUAAAAUCAUAAACGUCGAAGAAUCUGAAGAAGACAGGUCUUUGGUACCGAUAAUGGUGGAAAUAUGGACUUCGUUUACUAAGACUGGGAAACCAUCAACGGGUGACAGUUCUAUCGAAUGGGAUCCAUUGAGUAAAGACCUGAACGAGACUACUGUGCCGUACUUAAAAAUAGCGUCACCAAAAAACAUAUACAUGGAAUACGGCGAAGAAAUGGGCAGAAAAAGUUUUUGGGAUUCGUUGGGGUUCAACGAAAACGAGCAGUACAAUUUCUACAUGGGGCAUGUAUGCAGUGAGGACGAAUUUUGUUACACUAUUUCAUAAGUCAAUGCUCAAUUGUGACGUCACUAGACAACUUUGUUGAGUACGGAGUACAUAUAAACAAAUAUUAUAAUAAUUUAAAGUAAUAUUUUGGAAAAAGGUUUUUGUGAUCUUGAUUAUAUUAUUUAGAUGAUCUUAAGAUGCCCCAAUGGCUACUUUACUAAUUUUGUAAGUUAAAGUCUUUUAUUAUACUUCUUUAUUUAAAAAUAAAUUUAAGAUUUUAAA